GAACGGAGAAGGUCAUUCCAGCCGCGCGGACGGGACGCGGAAGGGAUGGAGCGAAGAUAAGCCGCAAGCCGGGAGCAGCACGGAAGCCUGACCCUCGUUUUCCCCGCCGCGAUCACCGCACUCAUGCCAAUCGCCGCAGAAAGUGAGCGCACGAUGGUAGCUCUGUUUCUGUGCCCUCCUGCCCUGCUCUGUGUCUCUGACAGUGGACCCAUAGUACUUUUCUUUGCGGCUCCUCUUUUGCCAGCAACCGAGUUUUGCUUUCCUGCUUAUCCCCAUCAUCUCUUAAGUAGAUCGCCGCUCAACUAUCCCUUCUCCUAGAGCGCUUCUUGGUCGUUUCCUACCUUCCUUUGGGGGUACCUCCAAGAAUCCUCCCUCCCCAGCAUAAACUGGAAGGAAAGUGAUUUCCAGCGGUCCAGAGCACAUUUUCAGGGAGUUCAGCAUUCCUGUGCGGUGCCUUGCCCAGGCUUGUUAAAAGUGACACUAUGUAAAUGCACUAAUACACUUCAAACCUAAGUAACAAUAUUGUCUUAGAUCUCUAGCAUGUCAACUCUCACAAAGACAGUGCUGACAUCCCCAAACAUAAAUCCUGUAUAAAGGGCCCUUCCGUUCUGAGUAACUCCUCUCACUGUGUAGGAACUGAAUAGGACAUAUAGCUAAGUGCAAAUGUUAUCUACAGGGCUUCUGGGGUGACUUGAAAAAAUCUGUCUCUUAAUGUCCAGUUGUGGAUGAAUGGUGUAGACAAUUAGUACUUAACAGAACUGGGUGCCUCCUUAAGGAUCCCUGAAGAUGUCUCUUUUAUUUAUUUCUUUCUUUUUGUGUUACUUGAGAUCAAUUUUUUUGAUAUCAACUGAAAAACUUUUAAACCCAUGUCUACUGAAAUGGAGAUUUAUUUUCCCUUCCUUCCUUUUUCCUCCCUGUCUUCUUUCUCUCCUUUUUUCUUAUUUUCUCCCCUUUUUGCCCCAAAGAAUUCUGCCUGCCCAUUCUGCUUAUGAAAACUAGAAGAUUCCUACUCCUCUCAACUGAUCAGAGAGAAGUAUGUAUUUCAAAGCACAGGGAGGCUCCAGACCCACAAAGCAGAGCUGGGGAGGUUUCGUGGAGAGCCGUUCAGGAGGCUGGCUGUGGAGAAUUAGUAAAAGGUUGAAGCAUGCAUGGAUAAAAUGGAUCGUCUUAAAGGAUUGCAGCUCCAAAAAUACAUCAGCAGGACUGGGCAGGUCUGACAUAAUGAGCUUCCUAUUUUAGCUUGACUUCUGGAACUCUGAAGAACUAUAAAUUGAGCCACACAAGACCCAAGGAAGGAGGUGCCUCUUUUAGUCGCAUAUAGAAUUUUCUUCAGGCUCUGAAAAGAUAUGUCUAGUUGUUGGUUUCCUAAAGAAUUAGACUGUUGAUACCUACCAGCUUCAAUACAGGAAAUGACAGAUAGGAAGCCCUGGUCCAUACUGUACUGAAAACCGAAUUUGAUUACAGAAACUCGUACCUGGAGGUCAGAGACGAGGUCCUCACGAGCAGCAGCUGAGAUGGCAGAGGCUCCUGCAGAUGCCGUGACUCAGCCAGUAACAGUGAAGAAAAAGAAGAGUCUCUCCAUUGAGGAAAAGAUUGACAUCAUCAACGCAGUGGAGAGUGGCAAGAAGAAGGCAGAGAUCGCAGCUGAGUAUGGAAUAAAGAAAAAUUCAUUGUCUUCCAUUAUGAAAAACAAAGACAAAGUUCUGGAAGCCUUUGAAUCUUUGCGAUUUGAUCCAAAGAGAAAAAGGCUGAGGACAGCAUUUUAUACGGAUCUGGAAGAGGCAUUGAUGAGAUGGUAUCGGAUUGCCCAGUGUCUCAAUGUUCCAGUGAAUGGUCCAAUGUUGCGUCUAAAAGCCAAUGAUUUUGCCCAGAAGCUGGGACACAAUGAUUUUAAGUGCAGCAAUGGUUGGCUGGAUCGUUUUAAGUCCAGGUAUGGCUUAGUAUUCCGAGCACAACCUGUAGAAGCCACGGGUAUAUCUAUAGACCCUGCCACUGUCUGGUACCAAAACGUGCUUCCUUACUACUUAAAUGAUUAUCAUCCUAAAAACGUGUUCAAUGUCAAAGAGACUGGGCUGCUUUAUCGAAUGUUACCUACAAAUACAUUUGCAUUUAAAGGAGAAACCUGUUCAAUUGGAAAGCUGUGCAAAGACAGGAUAACGCUGGCAGUAGGUUCAAAUAUGGACGGCACAGAGAAGCUUCCCUUGCUUAUUAUCGGCAAAAACCGAACUCCACGUUGUUUCAAAGGUAUCAAAUCACUGCCGGUGUAUUAUGAGGCUAACAAAAUGGCAUGGAUGACUGCAGCCAUAUUUGAACAGUGGAUGCAGAAGCUUGAUGAGAAAUUUCAAGCCCAGCAACGAAGAGUGGUGAUUUUUGUUGAUUCUUUUCCAGCACACCCAGAAGUGAAGAACCUGAAGUCCAUUGAGUUAGCAUUCUUCCCAUCGUGCUUGUCUUCCGGGUUUGUAGCCAUGAAACAAGGUGUUAUUAAGAGCCUUAAAAUCAAGUAUCGGCAUUGUCUUAUCAAGAAAUUCUUAAGUUCUGUUGAAAGUAGCAAAGAAUUUACAUUUUCUCUGCUAGAUGCUGUUGAUACACUGCAUCUCUGCUGGAGAGCUGUAACCCCAGAGACCAUUGUUAAAAGCUAUGAAGAAGCAGGAUUCAGGUCUCCACAGGGGGAAAAUGACCUGCCAAAUGCACAGAGUGACACUGCUCUUGACCUGGCUGCCCAUGCUCUGGGGGCAGGAGUGGAGUUUCCUGAGGGCUUGUCCAUAGAGGAAUACGCUGCCCUGGAUGAGGAUCUGGAGACUUGUGAAACCACCCCAAAUGAUGAAGCUGAGUGGACCAAAGAAAGUAAACAAGAUGAAACUGGAUUUUUUGCUUCUGAUGAAGAGGAGGAGGACAGCGGAGCUCCAGAAGUGGACCUUCCCUUACCAUCCAAGAAUGAAGCAAUGGAAGCUGUAGGCACUCUUAAAAGGUUUCUUAGAAGUCACGAUAUGAACGACGAACUUCACAAUUCUUUAGCAGACCUUGAAAACUUUAUUAACACUUUGUCAUCUAAAUAGUAAUGUAUUGUACAUCUGCGGAGCAGGAACUUUUCCUGGUGUAUCUUAUUGCACAAGGAACAUAAAAGGAAAGUGUCAAUUAAUUGAAUAAGAAAAGAGCAGCAGCCUUUGAUUUGAAUAGCAAAGCUCCCUGUUAAUUAAUGACUAAGUGAAACUGCGGAAUUCUGCUUAGCAGGUUUGGGGAGAAUAAAACUGUCUUCAGAGGCUUUGUACUUGAAAGAGACAGGGUGUGUUUGAAAGAACUCUUCAGCUGGCUAACUCACAUGCAUGAAGUUGCUGGUUUCUGUUUUCUCUGUUUUUAAGUUCAGAUCAUGUUCUAGAAUAUUUUAGUUUAUCUAUAUAGUUUAAGAAACAAAUAGCUUGCUUAUUUUUAUAAAGUUACACACACACACACACACACACACACACACACACACACACACACACACACCCCAUCUGUAUCCUAAUGAGUUCUUUUAUUCUCUUUUGUUUUUUUGGUUGGUUUUUAAAGACAGAGUCUCACUAUGUAGUCCAAGCUGGCCUCAAACUCAUGGCAAUGCUCCUGCCUCAGACUCUCAAAUUCUGAGAUUGUAGGUGUAAGCCAACAUGCACAGUUCUAAUUAAAGUUUUGAGUAUCAAAGUAGUGUAAAAUUUUGCUACAAUUAGUUAAUCUUCCUGAUUGAAAAAUAUUCUGAAAAUACAUUCUAAUCUGCCUGUGCACCAAGAUGGCACACAAUGUAACUUUUGCUGCUUUCAAGCAACUUUGUCAAAUUAAGUCAAAUGAAAAGUAGUUGCUCUGUAGGGCUUCCUGUCAUCUGUCACCAGGAGAUAUGGGUCCUUCUGUUAUAUAUAUACACACACACUUGUGUGCUUGUUUAGUGGGAAAACACUUGAAGGAAACACUUAUUAAAUUCAUAUAUUAGAAUAGGGUUAACUCUUGAGCCAAUUGAAGGUGCACAGAGUUACCAAAAAUUAUGGUGCUUGGUUUUUUUUUUUAAAUUAUAACAGCUCAACUUUUAAUCUAAAUUUUGUUCUUGAUUUUAUUGAAUUUUAUUUUCGGCAAUUGUGAUAAUUAGUUAUCUUCCUCCAAUUUUCCUUUCUCCAACAAUUUUUAUUAAAAUUGUUAGAGAAAGUUUUAUCUAUAUGUUGCAUUAAAAUAACUGUAGGAAAUUACCUAAUCACCAUCUAAAAAUAGUCAUUGAGCAAAAUUUUAGCAAUGUGUCAGUUUUUCCUAGUGUUCAGUUUUAAGGAGCAUGUUAUAACUUAUUAGACCUAAUUUAGGUUCUGUUGUAUUUUACAAAAAUACAAAGCAUAAUGAUUUGUUGUGAACUAUUAAUCUGCCAAAAGAUCAUACACUUAGAAGAAAAUAAUUUAACACAGCAUUUUUAUUUUCUAUUAUUGAUUUGCUCGGCUCUGAGGAUUUAGUAAUAGUUGAGCCUUACAAUGUAUUAAUAUUUUAAAGGUUUCUUUUAUUAUUAAGCAUGGACUAUUUAAAUUAAAAGCAUUUUGUGAUUUGAUAUGUAAUUUUAAUUUGGCUCAAUCAUGGACCUAAAGGAGUUCUUGAGAGCCCAUUUGUCCCUCAAGAGAAAAUUACUUACAGUUAAUCUGGUUUUAAAAUAAAUGGUUUUGUUCCCAUUGUUUUGGCUU